AAUCCGACGGGCAGGAGCAACCGACUCGUUGCCACUGUACACUAGAAUCUGAAAGCACUGCCAACAAAACGGAUUUUUCCAUCUUGACCAUCACCAACACACCAACCGCAACUUGACAAUUGGGAGAUCAUGACAGUGCAUGGAAAUAUCGCGCACGACUUGCGGAAUGGCAUGGACGUCUCCCUCACGAGUCACCAAGACUUCACCCCACCUUUUGAACCCUUCAACUCCUUUGACAUUUGUCCUCUCUCCGCGCGCCACACUUCCGUCGUUAUAUACCCGGAGCAGCAUAGCUCCGAAACGCCAAUCUCAGCGGCGAUCCACACAUCAUCAUUAGUUCAUCGCCACCAAGCACGAACAGUGUGUUCGGGAGCCAUGUCGAAGCCGUCAUCGUCGGCAUCGCUGCUCCUCCUCCUGCUGUCGGCGGCGACGCUCGCCGCCACCUGCCUCGCCGACCCGGAGCCGGUCCAGGACUUCUGCGUCGCGGCGCAGCGGGGUAGCGACGCCACGGCGUCCCUGGCGUUCCCGGGCCUCCCGUGCAAGCCGGCCUCCACGGUGGUCUCCGAUGACUUCUUCUUCGCGGCGCACGCACGCGCCGCGAGCACGGACAACCCGGCAGGGGCCGGCGUGACGCCGGGCAACGUGGAGGCGUUCCCGGGGCUCAACACGCUCGGCCUGUCCCUCAACCGCGUGGACCUCGCCCCCGGCGGCGUCAACCCGCUGCACACCCACCCGCGCGCCGCCGAGCUCGUGCACGUCGAGGAAGGGGAGAUGCUCGUCGGGUUCGUCAGCACGGAUGGCAGGUUCUACUCCAAGGUGGUGCGGGCCGGGGAGAGCUUCGUGAUCCCGCGAGGGAUGAUGCACUUUCAGUACAACGUCGGCGCCGCCGCCGCGCGCGCCAUGACGGUGUUCAACAGCCAGCUGCCGGGGGUUGUGCUCGCCGCGCAGUCCCUGUUCGGGGCCGAGCCGGAGGUACCCGACGCCGUCCUGGCCAAGAGCUUCCAGGUGGACGCCGAGAUCAUCAAGCUCCUCAAGUCCAAGUUCCGGAAAGGAUAGUCGCCAGGCCAUGGUGUCGCCAGAUACAUGGCUGAAGCUGCUCACUAGUUUUGUCCCAUACAAAUUUUGUUUUUGAGUACAUAUAUGACGUUGUUUCGCAUUUGAUACUUUAAUUUGAUAUAUUUGGAUCGAUGAUGAUGAUAAAUAAAGUUCAUACACGAAUUACUCA